AGUUGAUUUGAUUUCAUUCAUUUCUGUUUCCGUUCCGUUCUUUUCAUUCGAUCGCUUUCAUUCAUAUUUGUUUUUUCAAGCUGUGUUCGUCGAAGCAACAAGUAAUUAAAUAAAUUGAUAAUGUCAGAUCGUGGACGAGGGAGGUCUCGAGGUCGUGCGGGUCGUGGCGGCGAGGGCGCGGGCGCUCCGCCGCGGCGGCCGGGCGAGGCGCCGCCGCAGGGGCAGCAGGCGCCGCCGGGCCCGCGCCCGCAGCCGCCGUCCGCCUGGGGCCCGCCGCCCGCGGCCGCGCCCGUGCGCGCCGGCGUGCCCGCGCAGUCCGUGCCGGCCGGCCGCGCCUCGCACCGCACCACGCCCUCCACGCACGACCAUCCAGGUGACGUCGAUGUGCAGCAGCGCAUGCAGAAGCUCGACCUUGCCGGCGCCGGCGGCGGCGACGCGGCGGCAUCGGGCCGGGGCUCGCGGCGCGGCGGCGGCCGCGUGCUGCCCGACCUGCCCACCACCAUCCUGCGCACCAAGCCCGCCAACGUCACCACCAAGCAAGGUACCUACGGCACGCCGCUGGAGCUGUUCGCCAACUACUUCACGGUGGAGACGACGCCGCAGUGGCGCCUGUACCAGUACCACGUGGACUUCCAGCCCGAGGAGGACCGCACGAUGGUGCGCAAGUCGCUGCUGCGUGUCCACAAGAACACGCUCGGGGGGUACCUGUUCGACGGCAUGGUGCUGUACACGGUGACGCGGCUGCACCCCGACCCGCUGGAGCUGUACUCCGACCGCAAAGAAGACGGCGAGCGCAUGCGCAUGCUCAUCAAGCUGACGUGCGACGUGGCGCCGGGUGACUACCACUACAUCCAGGUGUUCAACAUCAUCAUCCGCAAGUGCUUCCACGCGCUAAACUUGCAGCUGGUCGGCAGAGACUUCUUUGACGCGGAAGCUAAGGUGGACAUUCCAGAGUACAAACUGCAGGUUUGGCCUGGAUAUAAAACCACCAUCAACCAAUAUGAGGACAGGCUGCUCAUGGUAGCCGAGAUCGCCCACAAGGUGCUGCGAAUGGAUACAAUCCUUCAGAUGCUGAACGAGUACUCGCAAAGCAAGGGUUCUCAAUAUAAAAGGAUGUUUUUGGAAGAUGUAGUCGGCAAGAUCGUGAUGACGGACUACAACAAGAAGACGUACCGCGUGGACGACGUGAAGUGGGACGAGUCGCCGCAGUGCACGUUCGUGAUGCGCGGCGAGGCCAUCAGCUACGUGGACUAUUACUUCAAAAAAUACCAGAUCAGGAUCCACGACGUGAAGCAGCCGCUGCUGGUGUCGCGCUCGAAGCCGCGCGACAUCCGCGCCGGCAUGCCCGAGCUGGUGUACCUGGUGCCGGAGCUGUGCCGCCAGACGGGCCUGUCGGACGAGAUGCGCACCAACUUCCAGCUCAUGAAGGCGCUGGACGUGCACACCAAGCUCGGCCCCGACGCGCGCAUUCAGAAGCUCAUGAGCUUCAACCGCCGCCUCACGCAGACGCCCGAAGUCGUCCAGGAACUGAAAGACUGGGAGAUGAAGCUGUCCACCACGUUGGUGAAGAUCAAGGGUCGCCACAUGCCGCCCGAGAACAUCGUGCAGGGCAACGACGUGCGCUUCCCCGCCGGCGACACGCACGACGGCUGGACCAGGGAGAUGAGAUCCAAGAACCUGCUGUCGAUAGCGCAGUGCGGGUCGUGGGUGGUGAUCACGCCGGAGCGGCAGCGGCGCGACACGGAGGGCUUCGUGGACAUGAUCUGCAAGACGGGCGCCGGCUGCGGGUUCCGCCUGCCGCGCCCCGAGAUCGUGGCCAUCCAGCGCGACGGCUCGCUCGAGUACGCCAACAAGUGCGAGGACGUCAUCGCCCGCCUCAACCCCUCCAUCAUCGUGUGCGUGCUGGCGCGCAAGGUCGCCGACAGGUACGAGGCGAUCAAAAAGAAGUGCUGCAUCGACCGUGCGGUGCCCACGCAGGUGGUGUGCGCGCGCAACAUGACCAGCAAGUCCAGCAUGUCCAUCGCCACCAAGGUCGCCAUCCAGAUCAACUGCAAGCUUGGCGGCGCGCCGUGGACGGUGGACAUCCCGGUGGGCGGGCUGAUGGUGGUGGGCUACGACGUGUGCCACGACACGCGGUCCAAGGAGCGCUCGUUCGGCGCCAUGGUGGCCACGCUCGACAAGGCCAUGACCAAGUACUACUCCACCGUGAACGCGCACACGUCCGGCGAGGAGCUCAGCUCGCACAUGAGCUUCAACAUCGGCGCCGCGCUCGACAAGUACCGCGAGAAGAACGGUCAACUCCCGUCCAGGGUCAUCAUCUAUCGAGACGGCGUCGGCGACGGUCAGAUCCCUUAUGUCGCAAAUCAUGAGGUGGUGGAAAUCAAAAAGAAGCUGUCGGAGAUCUACGGCGGGCAGCCGGUGCAGCUCGGCUACAUCAUCGUGUCGAAGCGCAUCAACACGCGCCUGUUCGUGAACCGCGGCCGCAGCGGCGACAACCCCAAGCCCGGCACCAUCAUCGAUGACGUCGUCACGCUGCCCGAGAGAUACGACUUCUACUUGGUGUCCCAGUGCGUGCGCGACGGCACCGUGGCUCCCACGUCGUACAACGUCAUCGAGGACACCACUGGCUUGAAGCCGGAUCAUAUCCAGCGGCUGACGUACAAGCUGACGCAUCUUUAUUACAACUGUUCGAACGCGGUGCGCGUGCCGUCCGUGUGCCAGUACGCGCACAAGCUGGCCUUCCUCGCCGGCCAGAGCCUGCACGGGCAGCCGCACUACUCGCUCAACACCUCGCUCUACUUCCUGUAGGAGCCUCCACACGAUCGAGCUUUUAUGUGCCAACGCAUUUCUUUUUUUUUUACUUAUUUUUUGUUAUUAGUAUAAGUAAGGUAGUCAGUGACUCGCCACUGAGCCACCCGCUUUGUUAUAAUUAGUUUACCAAGCAUUCCCGGUAUUACGAUGUAGCACAGGUGCAUUAAUUGGCCAGUGUGUUAUGUUACGUUACUUAAUAUUACCUCAGUAUAAUUUAAGUGAUGACUUGUAGUCUUACUGCCCCGCUGGUUCGCAUGUAGCAACUACAUCCGAAAAUGCGGUUCGGGUAGUUAGAAUAAAACUGCGACAGUUUGAUUCCAUUGUACAACAGAUUAGUGAUGCAGGAUUAUUCAACGGAGAUGAUUGUGAUAUUUGGAUAAGACUUGAGUCAAUUUUUUCUAUAAUUUCCUGUUAUAUGCUUUAUAUAAAAAAAAUACUAUUUUUGUAUGGACCACAUUCUAUUACCCUGGAUAGAUGUGCUAUAAUAAGGAAAAAUAUAGUUUAUCUUAAGAGUUUUUUUUUAAGGUUUCGGUUACGAACUGAGCAGUCUUUUCGUGGUGUAAAUAGACACAUAGCACUUAGUUCGUAAACGCAGCCAAAAAGUUUAUUAUGACGUAGUUUUGUACUUUUUUAUAUUAUGAAACAUGACUUUCAAGUUUUGAGAUUAGUUUCAUUGUGUUUUCAUUAGAAUUUUGGCCAUCAUUAUCAUUGAAAACUUUUCAUAUUUUUUGUUUCCCACCGUUUCUUACCUAGACCAACUAACUAACAUAACUGUGGCUAGUCAUACAAUGUCAGUACGGGUUAGUGAUACGACUAAUAUUGUUUUUGAACAAAUUAUUUGAUGAUUAGAUCUAAAAGAUAAUUUCUAAGUACUUAUGUGUAGUCUUUUGAGAGGCUCUACAGAGGUUUAUCCUCAAUAAUUGUAUUAGUAUGUCUUAUCGCUUUGAAAGCGAUACAUGAAACAUUCAGGGUAAAUAAAUGUUUUGUAAGCAAAUGCUUUUUGUAAGACCUUUUACGAGUUCAGAUGCUAUAUACCCUGACUGGCUCAUUCCAGAAUACAUAGUAAUUACAAAUUUCAACAAUGUAAACGAGAAUCUCAAGAUUCAGGUCAUAUUGUUAAAUUGACGGAAAAUCAAUAAAUGUUAAAUUUAA